AAGAAAAGGUGGUGGGCAGGGAAUCAGCAGCCUGCCCGGUCUGGUGCAGGGACACGCCGCUCGCACGCUCCUGCAUCAAAACACCGACUGUGUACUCGUGAAUCCGCCCUGCUGCCUGCGCGAGGACACGGGCACCAUUUGACUCAUAACCCUAACCUCUCCAAUCCGUUUGUAGUGUGUGCAAUGUGGGGCGUGCGUGCCACACAUACUGCUAAUCCCUGCAUCCUCAGAGAAGGACCAUGAUUUCUGGGACGGUGUUGCCAGGGGGAAAGGUGGCGCCCGGGACCUGUUGGAAAUGACAGCUGGAGAAGGCGGAUUGAAGCACGGGGAUCACGAUACCAGUAAACGGAGCAGAUAGCGAAGCGACUCCCUCGUGUCGCCGUGUAAAAGGGGCUGCAGAGAUGGAGUCCCUGAUGAGUGCGGUGGCGCCGCGCUCCCCGGCCCCGGCCAAGAAGCUGUCGGAGGUGGACUUCCGGUCGGGGGCCACACUGGAUCAGUUGUCAGCCCAGGUAUCUGAGCUGGUCGUGCUGGAACAGGGGGACUUUGGAGACCAGACCGCCUUGGAGGUUCACACCGCCAAGGACUUCAUCUUCAACAUGCUCGGCUUAGUCCAGAAGGUAGACCAGCGCCUACCGGUGGCCAACGAGUACCUGCUGCUGUCAGGCGGGGCCAGGGAGGGGGUCUUGGACCUCAACCCCGAGGAACUGGGGCACUACGCCAAAGGGGCCGACUUUGACCUGGACUUCACUUUGCUGGUACCGGCCCUCAAGCUCCAUGACCGCAACCAGCCUGUCACCCUGGACAUGCGGCACUCCCCGCCCUGCCACUCGUGGCUCAGCCUGCGGCUCUGCGACUCCAACGUCAUGUCCCGCUGGAGCAUCUGCUGCGAGGAGGAGAACGGAUUCCCCAUCGAGGAGGACGAGGAGGAGGAGGAAGAGGAGGAGGGAGAAAUGAGUAAAGGCUCCAUCCCCUCCCUGGACUCUCCUCAUUCUCUGGAUGGAUGCUACUUCUCUCCCUCCCUGGUGACGGACUGGUUUUGGGGGGUGGUGAGCGAGGCUGUGGAGGAGCUGAGACGCUGCCCCCAGAGAGGCAUUCCCACCCCGGACCGACUUGAGAGGAACGGACCCCUCACCACCAUCAUCCUCCAGGCGGGCUCUAGCCGGGUGCUGUACGACCUGCUGCCGGUGGUGUCGUUUCGGGGCUGGCCUGCUGUGGCCCAAGGCUGGCUGACCGCCAACCACUUCUGGGACGGUAAAAUCACCGAGGAGGAGGCCAUAUCUGGCUUUUAUCUGUUGCCCUGCUGCUCCCCGCUGGGCGGCCGGCCCGACAGGGAGUGGAGGCUGGCAUUCUCCCGCAGCGAGGUUCAGCUGAAGAAGUGCAUCCCUUACCCCAUGGCUCAGGCUUUCCAAGCAGCCAGGGCCGUGUUGUCUCGUAUCCUGGCCCGUCCUCGUGCGGCCCUCAGCCUCUAUCACCUGCGCACCGUUCUCUUCUGGGCCUGCGAUCGACUUCCCGCCACCUAUCUGUCCUGCCCUGACGCGGAUACCCCGGGCCGCCUCCUCCUAGGUCUCCUGGACGACCUGGCUCAUUGCAUCCUGGGUAAAAGCUGCCCGAACUACUUCCUGCCACAGUGCAACAUGUUGGAGCACCUGACAGACAGCCAGGCGCUGCUUGUUGCCAGGAAGCUCGCCCACUUGCGCUCCGAUCCCAGCGAGCACUUGCGUGCGGCUCUGGACCAGGCCCAGCAGGCGGGCCAGCUGAAGAAGGAGCUCACGGCGGGCAUCAACGGCCACGGCUCUCCCGGGCACCACCCAGCCAACGGCAUCAUCUCCCCCUCGGAGGACAAGCUGGCGCAGCGGCUGCAGCAGCUGGUAACGGAGAACCCUGGGAAAUCCAUAUCCGUCUUCCUCAACCCCGAUGAUGUCUCCAGGCCACACUUCCGCAUCGAUGACAAGUUCUAUUGACGCGCCGCAGAGAGGACGCCACACCAGAGGGUCGGGGGACUGGAAGCAAACGCGCUCCUCCUGGGUCUCCAUUCUUAGGCUGAAACGAAGCCUUGCUGCUUGACUGACUCGUCUAAACCAAAAACACACAAGUCCUACUACUGAGAAAUAGUCUAAUACUGAGACGUCGCACAACAGACAUGAUGUCACCGGGCUGUUGUCACGGAGACGGCCCUCCUCUAACGAGCUGGCCUUAAUGAGACUUAUCAGCUUGAGUCGUGUGAUAUAUGUUCAUUGGAGCUCAACACAGAGUGUGUGUGUGUGUGUGUGUGUGUGUGUGUGUGUAUAUACGCCUAAGGGUUUCAACAUUUGACAUACCUUUCUAAAAACAAAGAGAGAAAAGCUCCUUUAUUUCUCUCCUUUUAUUUCCUUUCAUUAUCAGAGUGGGAGAUGGCUGAUUAGAGGGAGAACCAGGUGUGGCUAAUGUAACUGAAUGUAACGUCGUGAGGAGAACUGCCGAGUCUUAGAACAAAGAAUCUCUUUCCGCCGUCAACUACAUUUUAGCGCUCUUGUUUUUAUGCCCACGUCUCGAUUUAUUGCAUCUUUUUUUUUUUUUCAUUUAAAACAAAUCUUUCUCAGGUAUUCUUAAUACUUACUUACUUUUUUUUCAUUUUUUAUGUAUAUGAUUACUUUUCAAGUCUUAAACUACAUUUCAACCGCUUACUAUUAUUGGGUAAUCGAAUGUCCCAAAGAUGCUGCGUUUGAGUAGUUUUGAAUAAGAGAAACCGAGGUCUUGAUUAUCUCUCUAAACAUAACAUUUGUGUUGCAACUCGAUGAAUCUAUUGAGUUUGUGGUCUGAAUGUUGAUCUCACGUUUCUCCUUCUGGUCGCAUUUCAAACGGCAAGAUUUCUGCUGAGUGACGAGCAGUCCGGAUCACUGCAUCGCUUCUAGAGCUUCUAUGUUUUGCGCGCAGGUUAAUUUGGCGUUGCUACUUUCUGCCGAGACCAGGCCUAAAAAAAGGCUGAAAAGAGGGUGGUGGUGUUGUUAUAUAAAUAUAUAUAUAAUAUAUAUAUACAUAAUACAAUGUAUUUUGUGAUUUGUUACAAUAUUUGAGAAAUUGUAAGAGUUUUCUUUUCCUACCUGAGCAGACGUUUGUGUUUGGCCCUUUAUAAGAAAUGUGUUUGGAGAAGCGAGGAAUCCCACGUUGCACGUAAGAACAAAAAAGACGGGAUGGCUUCAGAGACGGGGCCGUCACUAUUUACCGACCGUAGUCACGGCGAAGUCAAGAUGUCCCACAAAGGACCCGGCACAUCUUGUUGUCUAUUCACUUCUCCGUUUUGUGCGUCUCACAUUCGACGUGUGUGCGUGUGCGUGUGCGUGUGCGUGUGCGUGUGCGUGUGUGUGUGUGUGUGUCCAGAUGCUGCCCAUUUUAAUCGUGCGAGUUAGUCGCCCUAUCUUCGUGCACCACAUCUACAGGGGGAUGGGUGGGGGGGAGACGGGACCUCCUCUGGUCCUUUUAAAGAGGGAAGAUGGGCCUUGCAGGGCCUGGACAGCUGCCUCUUUCUGUAGCUGUCUUUCUCUGCCUUUUUUCCAGUCUUUAUUUUUUAUAUAUAUAUAUAUAUAUAUAUAUAUAUAUAUAUAUAUAUAUAUAUAUAUAUUCUCCCACUCUCUUUCAUUUCCUCUCACUCUCAUGGCUCCAAUGUUGUUCCCUCCCCCCUUCGAGGGUUGGCGUCUUUCUUUCCUUAUAGUUCUGGAGAUCCAGAGCAACAAAAAGCUCAAACCCGGUACUCCUCCAGCCUUAUGUGGACUGAUGGGAUUAGUAAACGUGGCCGGAUUACCAGCAAGACCAGCAUCACGCUCCAUCCACUGCUGCUGGUCUUGCUGGUAAACUUGGCUGAACACUAUGCACACAAUCUGAUGGGGUUUACCAAACACUAAGAUGCUGCUCCCCAUGUGGGUGGUGUGUAUGACGCUACAAAGCACAUGAUUGGUUACAGUUUUGCCUAAAUAUUAAGGUGGUGGUUAAAUGUGGUGAUUUUAUAGCUGCUGGUGGAUUGUUUUUCCUUUUUAUAAAGUUGUAUGCAUAUUUCUGACAACAUCUUCGCUUGCUACAAAAUGAUGAUGAUGAUGAUGAUUUUUUUGUUUGUUACAGCAUCUGUCUGUACUGGUGUGUGUGUGUGUGUGUGUGUGUGAGGCUGUGUGUAUGUGUGUGUGUGUGACUUGAACCUGAGGAAAACCAAAGCGUGUCAUUGGGGUUCAGCUGCCGGGUGUCGGUUUGUGUUUCUCUUUUCUUCUACACAAGUGAAGCUGUACAAGUCCCGAAGGAAGUCCUGAAAGGAAGUCCUGAAGGAAGUAUCAAAGGAAGUCCCAGCAUUUGUUCAUGGAAACACAAAUCGCCGUGAAGGCGCGUCCUCGUUGCCUCUGUGAUGUUCGGCCGACUGUUGGAAGAGUGAAUCGUGUGAGCCGUGUGUCUCACUUUGUACCUUUUCCAACGGGCCUCGUUCCACAUCACAAGACACUGGUGGUAACAAUCAAUGUUGUUUGGUUUUUUUUCUUCUGGGGGGUGCACAUGAAUCUAAAUUGUGUAUUUCACGACCGUCUGUUUUCUCGACGUAGAAAGGCCUGCUCUAAAUGUGAAAGGGGUGGUUUGCACCAUAAGCCAACCGCACUCCGCUCUGUGCCACUCAAAAAAAAUCUAAAAAACAUUUUUUUUUUUUUUUGGGCCGAAACUUCAGCUGAUUCCGUUUAAGAUUCAGUCAACUUCUGAAUAAAUAACUGACUAAAUACGAUGAAUGUAUCAACCAUAUCUCUCAUCUGUUCCCGGCUUGAGGACACCACAUCUCAUUUCUCACCGCUAUCUGCGGCGAUGUACUCCGGCCUGCACUCAAGUGCUGAGAUAAGAAUCCGUACUGAAUCACUCCACAGUUUGAGAAAUUGAAUUUCAUAUCUCUUAUUACUUGACUUCUUUCUCAAUUUUUGUUAUUUUUUUUUUAAAGUGCUAAUUAUUUCCUCUAUCAUAUCAUGAUUUGCUGUAUUACUACUGUUUUCUGGGGGUUUCUAUUGAUCAAGCUUUAGCAUGAAAUAAAUCACUGCAUUUCAAAUCACA